AUGGUGGAGGAUUAUUGCAAUGAGGCCAGAGUGAUCUUAAGCCCUAGUCUCUGGUGCAUACAGCCCCUAGGUUCAAGAUUUCCCAGAAAUAUAAUUUACUCUAUUCUUACUUUCUCAGUUAAAGUCAAGCCGAAUGCUAACAACUUAGCCUACACUGAGAAAUCUCUCAAUCUGCACGUUGAUCAGCCAUAUCUUGAGUUCAAACCAGGGGUCCAGCUGCUACACUGCAUCAGCCAGUGCGAAGGCUACGGCGGAGACAGUCUCUUGGUGGACUCCUUCUGUGUCGCUGAAAAGUUGCGUGAAAUGCACCCUGAGAAAUUUAAAGUCCUUACAGACACUCUCGUAGAUUUCUACGACAUUGGUGUAGAGGAUGGGACAAACUUCCAUGUUAUUAAUCAAGAACCAACUAUAAAUUUAAAACAGGUUCGUGCUCCCCAUUUGGGGUGCGGGCCGGAGCAGACGAUGGUGUGGUAUGAUGCCAUGAUGAACUACCAUGAUCUACUCGCGGAUCCUCAGUACGCCAUCACUUACAAGAUGUCGGAAGGUGUUUUGUCGUCUUUGACAACAACCGCGUCUUCCCAGGGCCCGGAAAAGGCCAUUCCAGAUGCCCGGGGGCCCCGAGCCCCAAACCGGGAAAGGCUGUUACUGGGACUGGGAUGA